AUGGUUUUAAUUGUCAAAUACGCUUUACUAGCUAUUGUAUUGGUAUCAACAACCCAUGGUAUCCUAUACAACCGCUAUGUUCCUGAUGCUACUGGUGAUGCUAUUCAGUAAGUUUUAGGAAAUUUGAUCUUUACUAUACUUUCUUUACUUUUACUCUGGUUUAUCUAUAUUAUGCCUAUUAGUACAUAACUUUUCUUCUAGUAUCAAUCUACCGUAAAAGCUUCAAUUUUGGUACUAUUAGGUUGUACAGAAAAUUCAGUGCUCUCUUAUUACAAAAAUUUGUUUUGAGAGAAAGCACAAAAUUAUUUGAACAACCUAAUAUUUUUUUUAAAAAUAUUUUGAUUUUUUUAAAAUUAAAAAAAUUAAUUUUUGAAAUGGCACUCAUAAAAUAUGUAAUUUUUAGCUACGUCCGAGGAGGAACUCAAAAAAUUUCGAUAGAAGUUUUGUCACGAUUUCAUAUGGCACCUCAAAUGGUGACCACCGCCACACAGCUGAUCAAGGACAAUUUCAGCGACCAUAGCUGGAUGGACGCUGGGGAUGAGAGCAAUGUCAUUGGCGAUGUAAGUUUGUUUAUUUUUAAAAAAUUUUUUAAAUUUUUUAAGGUAUGACUAAUUGAAAAAUUUAAAAAAUUUCUUUUUUUUUGCCAUAACUUCUAAUUAAAGUCACGAGCUCUUUUUUUCAUGCCUAUCAAUACCUUUAACACAUCACAACGUUCUAAAAUUACAACCGGAAAGCUGUGAUGACUUCAAGGUCCGAUUGGGUACCAAGGUCAUUUUUUGUUGUUAUCACAUCAAUUUAAAACCAAAUUUCGAACAGUUCGAUCACCUGUAGACAAACACUUCAAGAAACUUUAAUUAGUGGGAAAUUGAAUUAGAUUUUGUACUUUUAUUGGUGUUUUAAUGAUUUUGAAAGGUUGUUUAUACAUGUUUAGGUAAAAAAUGUUUUGGGGAUCAACCAUAAGAGACUGGGAAAGGUUUUUGAAAGUUUAAAAGGGUCGUGUUAAAUUAAGAAGUGAUAAAUAAUGGCAGUUUUUAAAAUAACUUUUAAGAAAAAAAUUUUUUUGUUAACUAUUUAAAAAUUGAGAAAAAUUCUAAAGAUAUAUGACAAGUAUUAUAUAUUACUAUAACAAAAUGAUGACAAAUGUAAAAAUUACUUUAAGAAAUUAUGGCACAUUUUAUAAAAUUUAAUUUCAGGCGAUGGAAAAGUCCUAUGGCGGUCACUGGAUGGUCGGCCAAUUUAGUGCGGCCUUUGAUGUGGCCUACUCGAUCGUACGACGAUCUCCAGCAUACAUACUGUUUUUGGUUAACGAAAGACAUGUUCUGAUCGCUCAAGAGAGUCCGAAUCCGAAAUUUAGCAACUACCACACUAUUUUGAGGAAAUAA